AUGGUACAUUCGAAGAAGUUCCGAGGUGUCCGCCAGCGUCAAUGGGGUUCUUGGGUCUCUGAGAUUCGUCAUCCUCUCCUGAAGAGAAGAGUGUGGCUAGGAACAUUCAACACGGCAGAAGAAGCGGCUAGAGCCUACGACCAAGCCGCUAUUCUAAUGAACGGCCAAAACGCAAAGACCAACUUUCCCGUCAUCAAAUCCAACGGCUCAGUUUCUCCCGACGUUAACUCUCAUCAGUUAUCGGAACUCCUAAACGCUAAGCUAAGGAAGAACUGUAAAGACCAGACACCUUAUCUCACGUGUCUCCGCUUAGACAACGACAGCUCGCACAUUGGCGUCUGGCAGAAACGCGCCGGGUCGACAACAAGCCAAAACUGGGUCAAGCUUGUUGAGCUCGGCGACGGUGUCAACGCAAGUGCCGGUGAUAUUGGGAUUAAUAAGAUGAAGAAAGGUAUCAAUGAAGUUGAGGAAGAAGAUCACGUGGCAAUGCAGAUGAUAGAGGAGCUUCUUAAUUGGACAUGUCCUGCUUCUGCAUCUAUUUCAGGUCUUAAUUAGAUAAAUAUAGCAAAAAAAGAGGGAAAAUAAUUUCAGUUAAAUACUUUACGAGUGUAUGAUAACCUAUAUAUCGAAAUAAG